GUCGAUUGGCUGGCAAGUUCUGCCAAUCGAAUGUUUUUCUCUCAAGUUGUUGCCUCCUGUCGUUCCUAGCCUGGAACCAACGUUAUUGGUCAGCUCUGUGGCGAGGCGUCCCGUAGCACAGGUCUGCGCCAAAGAAUGUGGAUAAGCCCGUUGUAGGACAGAACACACAUCAGUCCUCUGUCAAGCGAUGGAAGUGCAGGACCAGGAGUCUGUGGGGAGGUGGGACGGUCUGGGCAGCAGGGAUGCCAGCUCCAGAUCCGAGGCCAUGGACAACAUCUGCCAGGAGGUCAUGAGAAAAGUGGAGGUUAUUGGGCCCAUCCUCUCCUCAGCGCCCUCGUCCCCGGCGCUGGGCGGCCCCCCCAACAGCGAUCUGAACGACACCCUGGCUCAUCUGCUCAUGCUGUCCAAACGCUGUCCAUUUGAAGAUGUCAGGGAGCGAUGCAUUCGGCUUCUACGGGCCGUCCAGGACUUGGGAAUAAGGAUCCCAAGGCCCCUAGGCAACGGACCAAGCCGAUUCAUCCCCGAAAAAGAGAUUCUUCAAGUCAGUAAAGUGGACACCAGGACACAGUCAAUAUUUGAGGAUGCGUUCGCAGCCCUCGGUCGCCUGGACAACAUUUCUCUGGUAAUGGGAUUCCACCCGCAGUACCUGGAGAGCUUCCUCCGCACGCAGCACUACCUGCUGCAGAUGGACGGACCCCUACCUCUGCACUACCGACACUACAUCGGCAUCAUGGCGGCAGCGAGACACCAGUGCUCCUACCUGGUGAACCUGCACGUGAACGACUUCCUCCAGGUGGGGGGGGACCUGAAGUGGCUGAACGGCCUGGACGAGGCGCCGAGGAAGCUGCAGCAGCUGGGGGAGCUCAACAAAAUCCUGGCCCACCGGCCGUGGCUCCUCACGAAGGAGCACAUGGAGCGCCUUCUGAAAGCGGAGGAGCACAGCUGGUCCCUCGCCGAGUUGAUCCACGCCGUGGUCCUCCUCACACACUACCACUCCCUCGCCUCCUUCACGUUCGGCUGCGGCAUCACGCCCGAGAUCCACUGCGACGGCGGACACACGUUCAGGCCUCCGUCGCUCAGCCAGUACUGCGUGUGUGACAUCGCUAACGGCAACGGCCACGCUAAUCACCACGACGACGUGUUUGGCAACCAGGACGUGUGUGGCGAGGUGGAGGUGCUGAUGGAGCGGAUGAGGCACCUGCAGGAGUGCCGUGACGACGAGGAGGCCAGCCAGGAGGAGAUGGCCACCCGCUUUGAGAGGGAGAAGACCGAGAGCAUGCUGGUGGUGACCGCGGAGGACGAGGAGUGCGUCCCGUCCAGGGAUAUCUCCCGACACUUUGAGGACCCCAGCUACGGCUACAAGGACUUCUCCAGGAGAGGGGAGCACGUGCCCACGUUCAGAGCACAGGAUUACAGCUGGGAGGAUCACGGCUUCUCCCUGGUCAACCGCCUGUAUCCUGAUGUCGGUCAGAUGCUGGAUGAGAAGUUCCAAAUGGCUUACAACCUGACCUACAACACCAUGGCGACACACAAGGACGUGGACACCAGCAUGCUGCGCAGGGCCAUCUGGAACUACAUCCACUGCAUGUUUGGUAUCAGGUAUGAUGACUACGAUUACGGCGAGAUAAACCAGCUCCUGGACCGCAGCUUUAAGAUCUAUAUUAAGACCAUGGUGUGUAGUCCUGAGAAGACCACCAAAAGAAUGUAUGAGAGCUUCUGGAGGCAGUUCCAGCACUCGGAGAAGGUCCACGUAAAUCUGCUUCUUAUGGAAGCGCGAAUGCAGGCAGAACUGUUAUACGCUCUGAGAGCGAUCACCCGCUACAUGACAUGAAGUGCUUCUGGCGUUUUUAUCAUUGUCCUUUUACUGUCAAUGUCGUUGCUCUUUGUGGGACAAUUCAAGGAAAAAAAAACAACUAAAAAAAAAAAGAAAAUCAAAGGGGGGAGAUUCAACAGGAACAGUGUGACCGAGAGCCCUGGGUUGUGACGGUGCUUGUUGGACGGUUGGAUCAGAACAAAUGGAAACCGAAUAAGAAAAAUCAUCUCAAACUGCAAGUGGAUACGGAGACUGUUGCCUGCAGUGCCAAACCUGACCAACAGAGGGCGCCCUGCAGGGACUGUAGCUCAGCUGGGACGUCUGUGCCAGGCCGGAGCGCUGACACCAGAGGCAUGCAGGACAAUGAUCCACUAUUCCAGCUUGCAGCACAUUCAUUGCCAAUCUGAGAAAACAUCCCCCGUCAAAGCCCCUGAAAGCUGUGCAGUCUGUAGUCUGCACUUUGAUUCAGUUGUCAUUGUUUUCUUAUUUGUUUGUUUGUUUAGUUUCUUUCAUACCUUUUUAUUUCAUUUUGUAUGACGGGAAGUGGAUGUCGGUGUCCAUGCGUGUUAGAGAUGGAGGCGUUUGGGCGAUGUUGUUUUUUUUUUUUUUUUUUAAUGUGUGCCUGAACUAUCCAGCACAGUGUUCACACGUGCUGCUGCUGCUGCUCCCAUGUUGUAUUCAGUGGGAUCAUAUUGAUCCCCAAAUCACCCCGACCCCCCUCCCGUCCUCUAAGCCCCUGUCCAUUAGAAAUCCACUGCAUUACUCCCCUCCUCUUUUCUUAUGGCCCCACCCCCAAACCUCUAAUGUCGAUGUAAGCUAACCCAAGGAGUGUGUGAAUACCAUACAGGUGUUGGGAAGAAACUCAAAGAACACUGUCUGAGCCCGUUUAGACUUUGACUGUACGUGUGUGGAUGUGUCCUGUGUUGAUGAUGACUGGGGUGUGAAUGUUGGUGUUUCACACGAAUAAUGGAGAUAAAAGGUCUGAAAAAUUUCAUGUGUCAAAAAAAAAAAAAAAAGCGAGGCACUUUGAAGGAAAGACUUCUUGCUUCUGCUGUAGCUCUCUGUUAUUGUGAGAUGACCGUUCAUCGGUUGAUGAUUAUAUCUUUAUAUUUCUGGUAAUUGUGCAGGGGACAAAUAGAAAAGGUAAUCAAAGCGUUGGGAUCCAGGUUCAACAGGUGGGACUGGCUUCCGGUUGUUCCAACCACACCUUCUCUGUCUUCCGCUCGUCCCAGCUGCCUGGUUGAUGUGAAUUUACCAGUAAAUGAAUACCUCUUCUGUUUUUCUCCAUGAAUCAUAAGAAGUGCUCUUUAGAGCAGGGACUGUUUCCGGGCGGCCGCGUUCCCGUUGGUCGGAACGCGGCGGUCCACACCGUUGAGCGCAAAAGGUUGUAGCUGUGCUUAUUUCCUCUCAGGGGGAAUCUAACCAGUGCAAAGCAGCUUCUGUUUUUUUGAACAGGGGUGCGAGACCUCUGCUGUUUUGUUUUUGUUUACUAAAUCCAUUAGUAGUGCAUUCUUCUGAGGUUGGUUUGAGAGACUCAGACAGAUGAAUGAGUGCCGUCUCCGCGAGGAGGACGAGGACGAUGGUACAUUUGGACGUGGUUUUGAGAGGAAGUGGAGAUUUUUUUUUCCAAACUUCUGACUGAUGUCAGUUACUGACAUGUUUUUAUAUGAAAAAAAAUAUGAAAACGUUGAAAAAAAUAAAACUAUGAUAUUGAA